CAUUUAGCGCGUAGGGACGCAAACUGCUUUUACAAGCAGUGACGGGAAUCUGGAUUAAAACCCCGCUACCCGGGAUUUUUCACUUGCUGUCUUUAAAUCCCACACCUCCUUCAGUGGAUAACCUGCAGAAAAUACGCCAGAAUGGCAGACAAAGAAGUAUAUGAUGAUGCGGUGGAGGAGAGAGUAAUAAAUGAAGAAUAUAAGAUCUGGAAGAAAAACACACCAUUCCUGUAUGAUCUGGUCAUGACUCAUGCCCUUGAGUGGCCAAGUUUGACCGUGCAGUGGCUUCCUGACGUGACCAGACCUGAGGGGAAGGAUUAUGCAGUCCAUCGGCUGGCGUUGGGCACACACACAUCGGAUGAGCAGAACCACCUGGUCAUCGCAAGCGUUCAGAUCCCUAAUGAUGAUGCCCAGUUUGACGCGUCCCACUAUGACAGUGAGAAAGGAGAGUUUGGAGGUUUUGGGUCAGUGAGCGGAAAGAUUGAAAUUGAGAUUAAGAUCAAUCACGAAGGAGAAGUGAACCGAGCCAGAUACAUGCCGCAAAACCCCUGCAUCAUCGCCACCAAGACCCCCACCUCUGACGUGCUGGUGUUUGACUACACCAAACACCCAUCCAAACCAGACCCCAGUGGAGAAUGUAGUCCAGAUUUGAGGCUGAGGGGGCAUCAGAAGGAGGGCUACGGCUUGUCCUGGAACUCGAACUUGAGUGGAAACUUGCUCAGUGCAUCAGACGACCAUACAAUCUGUCUAUGGGACAUCAGUGCUUUUCCAAAGGAGGGGAAGAUAGUAGACGCCAAGACCAUCUUCACAGGACAUACAGCUGUGGUGGAGGAUGUGUCCUGGCAUCUUUUACAUGAAUCACUCUUCGGCUCUGUGGCUGAUGAUCAGAAACUUAUGAUCUGGGACACACGGUCAAACAACACAUCAAAGCCCAGUCACGCUGUGGACGCCCAUACGGCUGAAGUCAACUGUCUGUCCUUCAAUCCCUACAGUGAGUUUAUUCUCGCCACCGGCUCGGCAGACAAGACUGUUGCAUUGUGGGAUCUGCGCAACCUGAAGCUGAAGCUUCAUUCAUUUGAAUCCCAAAAGGAUGAAAUCUUCCAGGUCCAGUGGUCUCCUCAUAAUGAAACCAUCCUGGCCUCCAGUGGCACAGACAGACGUCUCAAUGUCUGGGACCUGAGUAAAAUUGGAGAGGAGCAAUCUGCGGAGGAUGCAGAAGACGGUCCUCCAGAGCUGCUGUUCAUUCACGGUGGGCACACAGCAAAGAUCUCAGAUUUCUCCUGGAACCCCAAUGAACCCUGGGUAAUUUGUUCAGUGUCAGAGGACAACAUUAUGCAAGUAUGGCAGAUGGCUGAGAACAUCUAUAAUGAUGAAGAGCCAGACACCCCCGCAUCAGAGCUGGAGGGACAGGCGUCGUAACUGCUUGCACCAGUCUCAUCUCUCAUUAAAAUCCUGCAACACUUUUAUGGCUUCCUGUGCAUCAGCUUUUGCUUUCCAGUAUUAUUCAGAAAUGCUCCAUCUUCCUACUUUCCACUUUAUAUAUACAACUUUAUCCAUUACAGUGUCCCUCUGUAGACACUUUUCUAAAAGGUUCACAUUUAUUUACUGCUGUAGAAAAGUUUGGCUCCGGUUGGUUGGAAAAUGGACAGAUUAUUGGAGAUAGGUUUGGAUAAAGAGAUCAACAGACUGCACUGCAUUUUCAGUCACUUCUGAGAAGUUAUGGCCUGGUGUUUCACAUUUAUGAGUUCCUUUUUGUGCAAAACACGUUGUCAAUUUGCAAUAAAUCUUUUGUAAUGACUUUUAAAAUGAUUUUGUAUUCCUAAAUUGUUGAUUAAAGUACUUAUUCUGUGUUUACAAUUCAAAGCAGAAAAUAAAGUACAGAUCAGCUGUUA